AUGGACUUCUGUCACUCUGCAGUUGCCCACGUAUCCCGGAGACGCUGGUUCGACCUUGGUGCCCACUUCAUGGUUCAUGCGAUUCUGGAAGAACAAGUGCGAUUUCCAGACCAGCUUCACAGAUUCUGCAACUGGAGAACAAACGACAGUGAACUUGAUAUAUGGUGGGAGGUUAGCCGUACCAUGUUCCUGGAGUACAUGCCACCCCCAUUUGGUACUGCGGCUCCAAUGAGCCGAGAAGAGCUCGAUGAGGUGUGGCCUCUCCAAUGGCUACAGCAUCGUUACGUCGAAUUUUUCGAGGAUCUCAUGGAGGUCCUGGAUGCGCCCCUCCUUCUUCAACUGGAGCGUGGUCAAAUGGAAGGCUUGACCGAGGAGGAGACACAGUGGAUUCGAAACUAUUGUGGAAUUUGA